AUGACCGCGGUGCGAGGGGCCGCAGUGGAGGGAGCGUGGUCUAAUCCGGCGCUGAUGGAGCCGCCGGCCGCCGCUGCCGAUGGGCCUCAGGUGUCUGAGGUGGACUCGUUCCGGCGCCAGGUCGACGACCUCCUCUCCAAGACCGACGUGCUCGAGAAGAGGGUGAACGAGGUGGUAGGGUUCUACAAUUCCAAGAAGCACAGCAGUGGAGGGCGCAAGGCUGGCGGCAGGUACGCGGCAAACGGUGCCAGGGACAGCCACGGCAAUGGGAUGCCCGACCUCAUGCGCCAGUUUGCCGGUAUCAUUCGCCAGAUUACAUCUCAUGAAUGGGCACAGCCGUUUUUGCAACCGGUAGACGUCGUAGGUCUUCAACUUGAUGACUAUCACCAGAUUAUAACAAAACCUAUGGAUUUCUCGACCAUCCGAAACAAAAUGGAAGGGAAGGAAAGUACCACAUAUAACAGUGUCCGAGAAAUAUAUUCUGAUGUUAGAUUAGUUUUUACCAAUGCAAUGAAGUACAAUGUUCAAGGUCACCCUGUUCACAUAAUGGCCAAGUUCCUACUUGAGAGAUUUGAGGAGAAAUGGCUUCACCUUCUCCCUAAAGUUGAGAACGAGGAAAGGGAACGGGAGGAACCAAAUGAUGCUCCAACCAUAAGCAUUUCUCCGGAAGCUGCCAUUGCAAUAUUAGCUGAAGAUACUGGUAAUGAGCUGAAUGAGAUUAAUAAGCAGCUGGAGGAGCUCCAGAAAAUGGUGGUUCAGAGAUGCAGGAAAAUGACCACGGACGAGAAGAGAAAACUCGGCGCAGGUCUUUGCCAAUUGUCUCCAGAAGAUCUUAACAAGGCGCUAGAGUUGGUCGCGCAAGACAAUCCUAGCUUCCAAACUACAGCUGAAGAAGUGGACCUUGACAUGGAUGCUCAGAGCGAGACGACCCUCUGGAGGCUGAAGUUCUUUGUGAGGGAAGCAUUGGAACAACAGGCGAAUGUAGGCGUAGUGGCCUGUGGCAAGAUCGAUGAAAACACGAAGAGGAGCCGCGACAUGUACAAUGCUCUAGCCAAGACCGUUUCGAAACGGAUUAAGAGAUAA